GGGCCGACUACGGCCCGACCAUCAAGCGGCUGCACGAAAAGUACGGCCCCGUCGUCCGCAUAGGCCCCAACCUGCUGGAUCUCGACCUGCCCGAGCUCACCCGGACCAUCUACAACACCGACGGCAAGUGGGUCAAGUCCGACUUCUACAAAAACAGCAGCUCCGUCAUCAAUGGCAAGAUCACGUAUCACAUGUUCAGCGAGACGGACAAUGUCGAGCACGCCCGCAUGAAGCGGCCCGUGGUGCGCCACUACUCGGUGCCCAGCGUGUUAGCCACGGAGCCGCACAUGGACAAGGUCAUUCAGGAGUUCAUCGACCUGCUGCAGGAGCGGUACGCCGGGCCGGGGAAAACGUGCCAGUUUGGCGACUGGCUCGGCUACUACGCGUGGGACUUCCUCGGCAUCGUCACGUUCAGCAAGAAGUUCGGCUACAUGGACAAGGGCAGCGACUUUGACGGCACGCUGGCCAUUGGCGACAAGUCGAUCGACUACCUGGCGCUGUGCGGACAGAUGCCGUGGACCGACUACUGGCUGGACAAGAACCCCGUGUACCCGCUGGGGCCGCCCAACAUCUCCAACGUGACCAACAUCGCCGUGGCCAACCUCACGGCGCGCCUGACGGGCACCGACAAGAACUUCGACCCGGCCAAGCCCGACUUCCUGCAGUACUUUAUCGAGUCUAAGUCGACGCACCCCGACAUUGUCGACGACAGCGCCGUCGUCGGCUACCUCCUCCUGAACCGUAAGCCUCUUCCUAUCUCUCUUCCGCACAAAAAACACACCAACCCUCUAACUGUCUGCCUCCUAGUUAUCGCCGGCGCCGACACGACGGCCAUUACGAUGCGCGCGCUGUUCUACUACACGCUCAAGAACCCGCGCGUGUGGAAGAAGCUGCAAGACGAAGUGCGCGCACACAUCGCGCCCGGAAAACCCGCGCCGCACGCACAGGCCCGCGCGCUGCCCUACCUCGAAGCCGUCGUCCGCGAGACGCUGCGCUACCACCCGUCGGUAUCCAUGAUCAUGGAGCGCAUCGUGCCGGCGGGGGGGCUGGCGCUGCCGGACGGCAGCGUGGUGCCGGGCGGCAGCCACGUGGGCAUGAACCCGUACAUUGUGGGGCGCAACAAGGGCAUCUUCGGGCCCGACGCCGACGAGUUCAACCCGGACCGGUGGCUGCAGCGGGCGGGCGAGAGCGACGACGCGCUGCGCGACCGCAUGACGCUGUGGAACACGGCCAACCUGGCUUUUGGUGCUGGUUCGCGUAUCUGUCUUGGACGUAAUCUGAGCCAGAUGGAGGUCUACAAGGUCGUGCCGACGCUCAUUGCGACGUUUGAUAUCGAGCUGGCCGACCCCAAUGAGGUCUGGUGGUCGUCGGCCCGCUGGUUCUACCGCACCAAGGGCGUUGUGUGCAACCUGCGGCCGAGGCGCGGCUGAUGAUCGUGCGCAUGGUUUGGUGGGGAUUUAUGGAUAUAGGUAUGGAGGGGAUGGCUUGACGAGAGCUAGCUGGCGGAUACCCCUGGUAAACAGUU